AUGCCGGACGCCGCUCUUCACUACACUCUCUACCUUCUCCUCUUCUUCCUCUCCUCUCUCCUUCUCUUCUUCUUCCUCCACAAACCCUCCAAAUCCGCCUCCGCAAAUCUCACUCUACCUCCAUCUCCACCGCCGCUCCCAGUCAUCGGCCACCUCCAUCUCCUCCUCCCUGCCACUCACAAAUCCUUCUUCAACAUCUCCUCUAAGUACGGUCCGCUCCUCCACAUCCGCCUCGGCGCUCUGCAGUACGUCCUCGUCUCCUCCGCCUCCCUCGCUGCUGAGAUCUUCAAAACGCACGAUCUCACCUUCUCCUCCCGACCUGAUUUCGCCUUCAGCGAGGAGUAUCCGUACGGAAAAGUGGGAUUCCUUGGCGCUCCGUACGGGGAUUAUUGGCGGUAUAUGAAGAAGCUGACGAUGAUGGAGGUUCUUGCGGCGCCACAGCUUGCACGAUCGCGAUUUGUGAGGAAUGAAGAGAUCCUUCGUAUGCUUCAAAAGUUGCUGCUCUGUUCCAAGCAGAAGCAGUCAGUGGACUUGGGGGCAGAGUUGAUUAAGCUCACAAACAACAGCAUCUGCAGAAUGAUGAUGAGCACAAGAUGUUCCGAAGAGAACAACGAAGCAGAGAAGAUCAGAAUUUUGGUUAACGACACCAUUGAAAUUGCUACAAAGAUGGCUUUCGGAGAUCUCUUCACCCGAGGUCCAUUGAAGAGGCUUCCCUUCUGGCUCUUUGGCAACAAAGCUCUCCAAAUCAAUGUCCGAUUCGACCUUCUCCUUGAAAACAUUCUGCAACAACACGAACAACGAGCCAAAAUCCACGGCCUCGAAAGAGAAGACCGCGAUCUCAUGGAUAUAUUACUCAAAGCAUAUUUGGAUGAGAAAGCCGAGUUCAAAAUGACUAGAAAUCACAUCAAAGCCUUCUUACUUGAUCUGUUCAUUGCCGGCACCGGAACGUCGGCUGAGGUUAUGCAGUGGGCAAUGGCGGAACUAAUGAACCAUCCGGAUGUGUUCCAGAAGGUGCGGCGAGAGAUCGAAUCAGUCGCCGGGACGAGACUUGUGGAAGAAACGGAUGUUACAAAUCUUCCGUACACGCAGGCGGUAGUAAAGGAGUGUCUCCGGCUGUAUCCAGCGGUGCCGGUGGCGAGACGAGCGUGCCGAGAAACUUGCAAGGUGAAUGGAUACGAUAUUCCAAAGGACAUCAUGGUUGCAGUGGACCUGUUUGCGAUAAUGCGGGAUCCAAAUCUGUGGGAGAAUCCAGACGAAUUUCGGCCUGAGAGAUUCUACAAUGAGAAUUCCAGUAAAGAAGAAGGAACGAAACACAUUCAAUAUGAGAUUAAGGGACAGAGCUUCAGCUUUGUGCCAUUCGGAGGAGGAAGAAGGGGAUGCCCGGGGUCAUUGUUAGCGUUCAACACGAUCAAUAGGACGGUGGCGGCAUUGGUUCAGUGCUUUGAUUGGAAGGUUGGGAAAGAUGGAGAUGAAGAGAAGGUGAAUAUGGAGAUUGGAACAGGAAUUAGUUUGCCAAUGGCUCAUCCAUUGAUCUGUGUGCCUGUUUCUCAUUCAACUCCUUUUGUUGCUCAGUAA